AUGGCCGGGAGGAGAGGAGUGCUGAUCGUAGUGCCCGUGGAAAAUGGCUUGGGCAAGCAGCCACCCGAGAAGAAGCUAAAAGUUGCUCGGGAGCCCAUCGCUUUUAACGAUGAUGAUUUAGAAGGAACAAUUCAGCCACAUAAUGAUGUGUUGGUGGUGACAACCCGAAUAAUGGGUUUCAUAGUAAAGAAGAACGUAGAUGUGUUUGCCUGGAGCCCGUAUGAGGUGCCCAGGGUUGAUUCUGAGUUCAUCGUUCACAAGCUUAACGUAGACCUGUUAUUUCCCCCGAAGAAGCAGAAGCCAAGAAGGUCUGCCAAGGAACACAUUGAGGCAGUGAGACAAGAGGUCAAGAGGCUAAAAGAGGUUGGGGAAAUAAAGGAAUUUUUCUUCCCAGAAUGGUUGGGGAAUACCGUGGUGGUUAGAAAGAAGAAUGGCAAGUGGAGAGUUUGUGUAGACUUCACAGAUUUGAACCGAGGGUACCCAAAGGACCCAUUUCCUAUGCCAGAGAUAGAUUAA